UCAAAACGACCAUAACAAACCACGACUGUUGUGUAGCGUUUAGAGAAUUCUUUGGAAGGUUAUGGAAGUGCUGCCUCUGUCUCCACCUUCUACGCCUUCAAGUGACUCAAACGACAUGGAAGAAAUUCAAAGUAUCAGAGAAAACGUUUGUGAACAACMGGAAAACGAUAAUGAUGUGGACCUUGAUGCUGUUCAGUCUCUUCUUGCAAUAAGUAGAUGGUCUCCGCCAACUCCAGAGAGAAGUAUAGCGAGUCCUGAUUCAGGAAAUUCAUCGAUAAGCAGAAAUUCUUCGAGUGCAUCACUGAGUAGUACGUGCAGUUCUACUUUUACUACAAAUACAGAAGAUUCAUCCGCUUUAAGCGAUUGUAACGACAAAGAUGGCGAUCGCACCGAAAUACGUUACUCGGACCCUUCCACGGAAUCGACAAAUAACACGAAAGGYUCCUCUAUGCCGACUGUUCUAGGAUUCAAUCCUGUUCUCCUACCAAAUGGUGCUAAUCUUCCCGCUGGAGCCAUCAUGAUUAUGUAUCCCGUCAAUGGCACAGAUCAACGAGGGGUCGUUCUACCUCAACUCACCCAAAACAAUUUAUUAGCCGUAACUGCGGCACAAAAUUUACAAAAUCUACAAGACAGUGGAAAGAACCAGACUAGCAGACGUAGAAAUCACGUCUGUACCUACGAGAACUGUGGAAAAACUUACUUCAAAAGUUCACAUUUGAAAGCCCAUCUCCGUACGCAUACAGGUGAAAAACCRUUUCCUUGUACAUGGGAAGGUUGCGACAGACGUUUUGCAAGGUCAGAUGAGUUGGCACGCCACAAGAGAACCCACACUGGAGAAAAACGWUUUGAAUGUACCCUUUGUGGUCGGAAGUUUAUGAGAUCAGAUCACCUCACAAAACAUGCAAGAAGACACAUGACAGCAAAAAAGGUCCCAGGUUGGCAACUAGAAAUGAGCAAACUUAAUCAAAUUGCUGCUAUGCAGUCUUCAGGUCUGACCUCCCUGCCAGUUGUGUCGGCCAAUGGUAUCCAACAGAACAUUCCAUCAAUGGCGGUGCCUUUGAGCUCUUUUGGAAGAAUACCAAAUAUGGUAUCAACAACAAGUCCUGGGUCUUAGUAUACAGAGGAGUGAGUUGUGAAAUCAACUGAUCAAACAACAGCUCCAGGGUACUGGUAGUGGAGUUAUUCAUCAUUAUGCUCUUACUGAAAUCCAGACUGGUUGAAGAUCUUAAAGCGACCAUAACCAAAGAUGAAAUCAGAACCAGAAACCCUUGAAUAUAAUAUUGGUUUGUUUUAUCAAGCUACAAAAACAUUUGCCAAAAGAUAUACAAUAUAUUAAAUAUUGACAAUCUGAAAUUGAGCCUUGUCAUAAUUCAAAGGCUUUGUCUGUUAAUUAGGAUAUAAUAAUGAUUAUCUGACUUCAGAUUAGUUAUAGCCUUGUCUGGCUUAAAAUCACAGCAAGAAUUAUUAGCGUAAUUUGCUCCAUUUUGYCCUCAUUCUCUUUUGUAAUAUAUGCCUUGAAUGAAAAUAGCCUUACAACUGCAGUAUCUUUCUGUCWUGCAUUAAACAAUCUAAGGUUCUUUAAGCUGAACCCUCAGCUUGUUUCAAGAMAUAGACAAUCUCACUUUUAUGCAGCACUUUUGCUGUCAAAACUAACCAAUCAAAGGUCAUCAAAGAUAACUGAUCAUUUUCGUCCAAGCUGUGAUUAGUUUUAUUUCACACAUAAAGAGAGACUCUGGAACUUAGAUAAUAGGAUAUUGAUCCACAGAUGACAAAUAAAAAUCAAUAAUAAAUGCAUGAUUAAUCUUUAUACCUACGCCAUUAAUAURAAUGCUUGUAUUUCAUCUAAAUUGUAAAUACAAUUAUUAUURCCCAUAAUGUGAUUAAUGUAGAUAUUACCAAAAAUAGAUAGAUAAUGUGGAUAAUAUUAAUUUAUUAUGCAAGUAUAGGUCAGACCACCUUAGUUCUAUCCUUAUAUAUUUAUUUUAUAUAUUUUGUACAGUAUGUUAUAUAUAUAUGUGAAGCAUCAGUUUUUUGAAUAAAUGCUUUGGAAAUUAA